CCAUUUCUUGUAUUCGAAUCGUCAUCGUAACGAGUAUGCCUGCACGAGCCGCCAGGCACGCCGCCCAGGUGCAUAUCCGCAGCAUUUUGAUUGGUCGAUAACCCAAUCCCCGCGUCUAGCAAUGCGUCCCCGCAGAACAAGCUACACCAAAUCAAACGAAAGUUUCGAGGUGGGAUAGAGUUCCUCGGCAAAAUGCCAACUUUCAACUAUCCUUGAGGGUACGCUGAAAUCGAACGAUCAUAUGCUUGCUGGCCUGGAUGCUGUCUGAGCUGGCUUCCUGGCCGGAAGAUAAUCUCAACAUCACCUCUUCAACAUUGAUUGUAGUCGCCACCUCAGGUUAUCAUCACAAGUUCGUCUUUUACUAUUGAAAACACAAAUGAUGCCAGCAAUGUAUAACGGCUUGUUGGACCACGACCGCGAGAAGAACACCAUUCCCGGACCCGCGACAUGGAAGCCAGUGAGGUCUGCAAGGUGGAGCUUGGACAUUGUUCGACCAGAAUUCUUCAAACUGCGACGCGGUAGUUCUAGCAUUACGAAAAAACCUCUUCGGUCUACAGCAUGGCUGGACGGUCUCAGAGGAUUCGCUGCGUUUCUCGUCUAUCUACAUCAUAACCAGUUGUGGGCACAUGGCGAUAAAGGCGACCUGAUCUAUGAGAACUCCUUUGGCUUUGAAGGCCAACGUUACUUCGCUGCCCUCCCUUUCGUGCGCCUCUUUUUCUCAGGCGGACAUUUUGCGGUUGCCAUAUUUUUCGUCAUAUCUGGAUACGUCCUCUCCAUCAAAAGCUUGGGUUUGAUCCAAAAAGGCCAGAUCUUGAACGCUGCAGACAGUGUUGGCUCCGCACUCUUUCGACGCUGGAUACGGCUAUACCUUCCCAUCAUUGCGAUCACUCUCAUUUGGAUCACGUACCUGUACUACUCCGGAAUCUGGGUUGAUGGUCUCAAAAACCAAGGCAGCACAUAUCCUGAGAUACUCAGAAGCUGGUAUUACGAGUUCAAGAACUACAGCUUCGUCUUCACCGGUAACUUCUACACAUUCUGCAACAACUACAACCCUCUACUAUGGUCCAUUCCCAUGGAGUUCAAAGGCUCGAUCAUCGUAUACACGGUGCUUUCCGCUUUGUCCAGGUGCACACGGAAUGCUCGGCUUUGGUGCGAAGCAGGCUUGGUCAUCUACUUCAUCUACAUUGUGGAUGGCUGGUACGGCGCUCUCUUCAUGUCUGGCAUGCUACUUUGCGAUCUCGAUCUACUUGCUCUCGACGACAAGCAGCCUGCAUUCUUGAGUAAAUUUGAAGGGUUCAAGGAACUCAUCUUCUUUCAUCUCUUUAUCCUCGCUCUCUAUCUGGGCGGUGUGCCACUUGCACGCUCCAAAGAUCACGCUCAAGGUCUCAACAACUCACCAGGCUGGAAAUGGCUCUCGUACCUCAAACCCCAAGCUGUGUACGAUGGCGAGUGGUUCUACCUGUUCUGGGGAGCUUUCCUUCUGGUAGCAUCGGUACCGCGUCUGCCGUGGUUGAAACGCUGCUUCGAAACGCGCCUUUGCCAGUACCUUGCCCGCAUCUCGUUUGCGCUGUAUCUGGUUCAUGGUUACUUGAUCAGAACAUUGGGCGACCGGUUAUGCGCUACAGUAGGUUUCCUGAGAGAUGAGCAUAAGGACAAAAUCCCUCAAUGGGUCAACACAUUUCCUAUCUCUACGGCGGGCCCCAUGGGACUCGAAUUGGCGUACUGCGCGCAGCAACUCGUCAUGAUUCCCAUCACGCUCUAUGCGGCAGAGCUGGUAACGAAGCUGAUCGACGAACCGAGCGUGAAGGUCUCGAAUUGGUUCUUCCAAAAGACUCUCGCACAAUCAGAGCAGCCGCGGAGGCAGACGCUGCGAUAAGUUUUGUUGAGAUGACGAAUGUAGCAAUAGUACGCCGUCCCUCCUUCCGACAAUGCGGUACCUGUUGAAUUAAAUGCAAUGUGAAUCCUACAAAGCAUGCACGUCGGGACAGAUCCCUGCUCUGCAUACAACAAAUAAAGAACCCUUAUCAGUCAGAAUUUGCACUUACCAUUGGUCCCAACCAGGCAUGGGUGAAGACGGACGUGCCUGCCCGUUGUAGCAAUGACAUUCUUGUCUGACUGAUUCUGUCGCGUGCCGCACUCAAAUAUACGUUGGCAACCCCAUGACAACGGAAUUAACCUUUUCACAUGAGUGAUUUCCUGCCUCGGGAACCUACCAUCUCUGUACAAACCUGCGGGGCUUUGC